AUCACACAAACACCUUGAUCAAUAAUCUUUUCUCCUCCAUCUUAUUGAACCUAGACGCCCCUGUAUACCAAAAUCACUCAACACCUUCCAAUCUCCAAUCCUUCAUGGCAAUGGCAACUCAAGCCUCUCUCUUCACCCCCACGACCCUCUCCACCCUAAAAUCAAGCAACCAAACCAUUGUUCCAUGGAAACAAUCAUCCUUUUUACCAAUCUCUAAUGUCAAGGCACAAAGAAGCUUUAAGGUUGCUGCUGUAGAGGAAAAAACAGCUACAAAAGAGGCUCCAGUGGGAUUUACUCCACCGGAGUUGGACCCAAGUACCCCAUCACCAAUUUUUGGUGGGAGCACCGGUGGACUGUUGAGGAAAGCCCAGGUAGAGGAGUUUUAUGUGAUCACUUGGGACUCCCCCAAGGAACAAAUAUUUGAAAUGCCAACUGGGGGUGCAGCCAUUAUGAGGGAAGGCCCUAACUUGCUCAAGUUGGCCAGGAAAGAGCAGUGCUUGGCCCUUGGAACUAGGCUAAGGUCUAAGUACAAGAUCAAGUACCAGUUUUACAGGGUGUUCCCCAAUGGAGAGGUUCAGUACUUGCAUCCCAAGGAUGGUGUCUACCCUGAGAAGGUGAACCCGGGGCGCCAAGGUGUCGGCCAGAAUUUCAGGUCUAUCGGAAAGAAUGCUAGCCCAAUUGAGGUCAAGUUCACCGGCAAGCAAGUUUAUGACUUGUGAUCUGGUAACAUCAUGUGUUUGUGAUUACGUGAAUAUUUGUUGUAAUUGUAUCUCUUCUUAGGAAACUAUAAGAGAAGCAAAACCUGUCUUGUGCGUGCACGUUUCUCUUUCUUUUUCAUAUGCUUAUAUAAUAUCUACAUCAUUUUCUGUGAA